AAACAUGAGUUAGUAUUUGUCAACUUUCACGCCGAGUGGUGUCGAUUCAGUCAAAUAUUAAGUCCCAUUUAUAAAGAAUCGGCUAUUAUUAUAGGCAAAGAAUUUGAGGGAACAAAUCGAGUCGUGUUUACACGCGUUAAUUGUGAUGAGAAUCCAACCCUUUCGUCGCGCAAUCAAAUCACUAAAUACCCGACUCUUAAGGUUUAUCUCAACGGAAAGCCUAUGAAAAAGGAAUAUAGAGGACCGCGAACUCAAGAAGCAAUUGUCAAAUAUAUAAGACUCCUAUUAUCUGAUCCGGUCGUUCACAUUGAUUACAAAAUUAACACUCAUUUAACGGACAUUAUGUACAACAAGUCGGCCGUAAUUGGAUAUUACAGACAAGACGGCGACACACAUCCCAAGUAUAGUAUAUUCAGAAGAGUUGCCGCAGAUUUGCGCGGAUUCUGUGAAUUCUUUUGGUCUGAAUAUGAUCUUAUAUUUGAAACAUACGACGAGUUGAGCACUUGGGCUACAUAUCAGUGCAUUCCUAUUGUCAGAGAAAUCACGUUUGAAAACGCGGAGGAAAUCAUCGAAGAAGAGCUGCCAUUAGCUAUACUUUUUCAUCUGCCGACUGACGAACAAAGCCCUCAAUUCUAUAAAGAUGUCAUUCAUAAAGAGCUUAUCAAUGAAAUAUCGACCGUCAACUUCGUGACCGCAGACGCGGACCUCUUUGAUCACCCGCUGGAACACGUGAACAGAACUAAACAGGAUUUGCCUAUCAUUGCUAUCGAUAGCUUCAAACACAUGUAUUUGUUUCCCAAUUAUGCCGACUUAAACAAAACUGGUGUUUUUGCAAAAUUUAUCGCAGAUUUACAUUCAGGAAAACUUCACCGAGAAUUUCAUUUUGGACCCGAAGACGAAACACAGACUGAGAAUACGGAAGGGAAAGGAGAUGGAAGUGAUGACAGCCAACAUGAAUCCGAUGCCACCACUGAAGGCGAAGAAGUGGAGGGCGACACUCUAUCAGAAGGGUUAACAUUUGCAUCCGAUUCUGUGUUCAAAAAGUUGGCGCCGUCUGAGUAUAGAUAUACUCUUCUCAAGGAUGAGCUUUAAUUCAUGAAUAAUAAAUUAGUGCAAUAAAAGAGUUGCCGU